UCAACAGCGGAUGUGGUGUCGACUUCCUACUCAGACACUGACACGCAUUCACCGGUCAGCUCGGCUUGUUGUUUUUCCCUUACCCCGCUGGUUCACGUCUGUCGCCGCUGGUGCUGGUUUAUGAUCGGCCGUUUGUUCGGUAACGUGACUCAGAGGGUGCCGAGCUUGUUGUACCGGGUGUCGCUGAUGAUGAAGCCGCAGGUUGUGUUCGUGCUGGGCGGGCCUGGCGCCGGCAAAGGGACCCAAUGCUCCAAAAUCGCGGAGAGCUACAACUACACCCACUUGUCAGCUGGGGACUUGCUGAGGGAAGAGCGAGCUAGAGAGGAGUCAGAGUUCGGACAGCUCAUUGCCAGCUACAUCAAGGAGGGCAGAAUUGUCCCUGUGGAGAUCACCAUUAACUUACUCAGGAAGGCGAUGGAGGAGACCAUGAAGAAAGAUGAGAAAAAGUUCCGUUUCCUCAUAGAUGGUUUCCCCCGUAACGAGGACAACCUUCAAGGGUGGAACAAAGUCAUGGAUGGCAAAGCAGAUCUCAAAUUUGUGCUUUUCUUUAACUGCAGCAAUGAGGUUUGCAUCAACAGAUGUUUAGAAAGAGGGAAGAGCAGUGGACGCACAGAUGACAACAGAGAGAGCUUGGAGAAAAGAAUCCAAACCUACCAGCAGUCUACACAACCAAUCAUUCAACUGUAUGAGAAACACGGAAAGGUGCGCACUGUAGACGCCUCUCAUUCUGUGGAUGAGGUGUUUGCUCAUGUGAAAGCCAUCCUAGACAAAGAAGGUUGAGUUUCUCCAGCUGCCAACAACAUUCAUUUACCUUUUUUUUAGUUUUCUUUUUAUCAACAGCAAGUCCACUAUAAUAAGUUUAUAUGUCCAUUCAUAUGACUUUUUGGUAACUUUUUUUGUUUGUUUGUUUUCUAUCUCUUUUGUAAAUGCUGCACCAUUUGUUUGUGAGUGUGUAUGUGUGUGUGUACAAUAUGUAUUGAGUAUUGGUAUGAAUGAGAAGUAGAGAUGCUUAGCAGCUACUUGUGAUCAACUAACUCAUGUUCAGCAGAGCUCACAGCUCGUCUUUCAUCAUAGUUUGAGGCCUUUGCAUAGGAACAAAAUGGAUCCUUAGCUUAGAGAGUCACUUUUUUUGUCAAUCAAACACACUUCUAGAAGUGGAAGUCUCUAUAAAAAUGGUAUCAAUCAAAAAUGUCCUCAGAGUAUCAUGUCAUUGGAAGCAGCCAUAAUGCUUCAGACCAAAUAGUUGUUUGACCUGAUGACGACAGACUGGGAUCGAUUUAAGACUUGACAGGACAGCCAAUAACCUUCAAAUAAAAUCCUUAAAACAUCA